AAAUCGCGAACAGAAGCCCACAACUCAACAGAUGCCGGCACCAUCCCGGGCACUGGCAAGAUCCGCCGGCAGAAGAGCCGACGUCGGAUGACCUGUCCGAACCCCCGGGAAAUCAAUCAAGCGUUGGCUUCCAUCACCCUGGGAGAACUGAACCGUUCUUGCACGCUCGAUGACUUGAUUGAGAAAUGCCUUCGCUCCUUUGAUUUGGAUGGCAACCUGUGUACCAGUGAUUUCAUGGUAAACAUGACAUUAACAGUCCACAGUUGGGUCGUGCCUUCGGCAGAACUGGCCCGCCGACUCUUGACUUUAUAUCCUUUUGAAGCCUUAACUCAACUUGUUACAUACCAGGAAGCAUCCCGGGAGAAGCGGCUGGAACACCAGCUCAGGAUCUGCCACUUUAUCCGGUACUGGCUCCUCCACUACCCCGAGGCCUUCCGGGUUGACGUGCAUUUGGAGGAGGCUGUAGCCGAGAUGUGGGAGGUGGUGAAGAAAGAGGGCCAGGAGAAGCACCGCCAGCUGCUCGACAUCUCCAGCACCCUCGACCACAUCCCUCUGCAAAGCUACCAAAGCAGCCCCAGCUGCGGCAAGAAGCGGAAGGUGUCGCUGCUUUUCGAUCACCUCGACGCAGGCGAGUUGGCCAACCAUCUCAGUUACCUGGAGUUCAUGGCCUUCUGCCGCAUCUCGUACCUGGACUUCCAGAGUUAUGUUUGGAACGGUUCAGUUCGCGGCAGCCCAGCCCUGGAGCGUUCCAUCGCCCUCUGCAACAGCAUCUCCCAGUGGGUGCAAGUCAUGAUCCUCAACCGGCCGACCCCGCAACAGCGAGCGGAAGUCUUCACCAAGUUCAUCCACGUGACUCAGAAGUUACGAUUGUUGCAGAAUUUCAGCACCCUCAUGGCCGUUGUGGGGGGCCUCUGCCACACUGCUAUUUCCCGUCUCAAGGAAACGCACUCUUUCUUGCCCUCCGAGGUCACCAAGACACUAUCUGAGAUGACAGAGCUGCUCUCAUCCUUUGGAAAUUACGGGGCUUAUCGAAGGGCGUACGCCGAUUGCAGUGGCUUCAAGAUCCCCAUCGUGGGCGUCCACCUCAAGGACCUGGUCUCUCUGCAUGAGGCCAUGCCGGACCGUGUGGACGGCGGGCGACUUAACCUAAGCAAGCUGCAGAGCUUGUACGAGCCGGCGCGGGAGCUGCGGACGCUGCAGCAGGCUGAACACCCCUUCCGAGCCAACAAGGACCUGGUGGACCUGCUCACUCUCUCCCUAGACCUCUACUACACCGAUGAGGAAAUCUACACGCUCUCGUACGCCCGUGAGCCUCGCUACCCUAAAUCCCUGCCCCCAACCCAGUUCAAGCCGCCUGUGGUCAUGGAGUGGGUGCCCAGGGUGGCCCCCAGACCUGACCGGACCACCAUCAGGAAGCAUGUACAGCAAAUGGUUGAGUCUGUGUUCAAGAACUACGACUCGGAGCAACGGGGUUACAUCUCCCAAGAGGAUUUCGAAACCAUCUCCACCAGCUUCCCCUUCUCCUUCUACGGGCUGGAAAGAGAUCGUGAGGGGCCGUGGAGCCGGGAGGAACUGUUCGAGUACUUCAUGCGGGCGUGCGCCAUUUUCUCCAAACUGGGCCUGGGGUUUCUACACAACUUCCAUGAGACCACCUUCAAGAAGCCCACCUUCUGUGACAGCUGCAGUGGUUUUCUAUGGGGAGUCUCCAAGCAAGGAUACCGGUGUCGGGACUGCGGGAUGGUCUGUCACAAGCAGUGUAAGGACCAGGUGGAAAUGGAAUGCCAGAGGCGUUUCCACUCCUGCACUUCCGACAGCAGCACGCCUCAGACGUCCACACCGGCGCCCACCCCACACCCGAGCUCUGGUUCAGAAGAGGAAGCCUUCACCUUCCCCCCGGGAAGGGCGAGGAACAAGAGCCACCGAACCCCGUCCACAAGCACUCCGAUCAGCCAGCCGAUGAAACACACCAGCACACAAACAGAGGACUGGCUGCUGGAGCCCCACCAUGGAGUCGGAACCCCCAGCAACAUGCAGAAGCAGCUCCUGGAACAGCUGAAUGCGCUGGAAGAGGAACGAGACCGGCUGCUCCUUGCCCACCAGAAGCUCCAACGCCACAGCUUGGAGUUGGAGGCGGAGAACAGGCGUCUUCUGAGCACGGCGCAGGCUGCCCAGAGCGAGCCCUCUGUCACUCUCCUCCUGGAAGGGAUGGAUCGCCUACAGCUCCCGCGAGCGUCCAAGGCCUGGAGGCCCUGAAAAAGAGGGGGGACGACCGGCAGCUUGGAAACCAGAACACUCGAACAAACGCAAUUUAAAACAGGGCUAUUU